ACAUAUAUACAGUACAUAUCACAGGUCUUAUAUACAGUACAUAUCACAGGUCUUAUAUACAGUACAUAUCACAGGUCUUAUAUACAGUACAUAUCACAGGUCUUAUAUACAGUACAUAUCACAGGUCUUAUAUACAGUACAUAUCACAGGUCUUAUAUACAGUACAUAUCACAGGUCUUAUAUACAGUACAUAUCACAGGUCUUAUAUACAGUACAUAUCACAGGUGGCCGGUUGCAACUUCAUUUGGGAGGGCUGGCUCAUAGUGAUGGCUGGAACAGAAUACAUGGAAUUUCCAUGGUUACCAUGUGUUUGAUAACAUUCUAUUCACUCCAUUCCAGCCAUUAAUAUUAGCAUUCUUCCCCUCAGCAGCCUCCUGUGAUAUGUAUAUAACCAUGCCCUAUAUAACCAGGCACUAUAUUCUAAAAGGCCUAAUGAAUAUGUAGGAAUUUACAUUCCUUCCUUUUUGUGUUAGAAUUAUUUUGAGACCAAGGAAAUAUCAGGUUUUGGCUCGAACUCUCAAUAUUUGUAAAAUAUUUGUGCCCUUAAAUAUUUACUUAGUAUUAUGUGCAAAUUUAAUACAGUUGUUUGUAGGAUUACAUAAUUGUUGUAAUUUAAAUAAAAUAAUGUAUUUAUGAAAGCUGUAUCUGUAAAAUCGUUUGUUUUCCGGGGUUAAAAUGUUACAACCUUGUAGGCCUACAGGCCAGAUGAAUUGAAUAUUUAGCUGUUUUGAUAAGGACUAUCUUUUCAUUGCUUUUGUUGUUCUUAAUUUAUAUUUAUUCACAUGUUUGUCAUAUUUUACAAUACAUUGUAAACAUUACAUGAUAAACCGUUUGAACAUAGAUAGCUAUAGAACCCGGAUAUGUUCUAUGAUUUGGUUGUUUUUGUGCAUUUCUGUGUGGCCCUGGCCUCACCAUCUCGUCGGCAGCGUAUAGGCGCCACCAUGUGGCAAUUUGGCAAACUACAGUGCAGGACAGGAAAAGAGAACGUCUUACCUUCAGUUUAUUUACAAUACAUAGCUACAAUGAAAAGCAAGGAUGCUGUAUGAAACCAGCACUCUCUUACAUUACCACUUAUAUAAUGUAACUAGCUUCUCAACAAAAUACCUAACCAAAUAUCCCACUAUCGCAAAGAGGUUUCUAUACCAUUGUUACAGCCAAUAAUAUGCACAGUCACGGUGGCCGAGAGGUUAAGGCGUUGGACUCGAAAUCCAAUGGGGUUUCCCCGCACAGGUUCGAAUCCUGUUCGUGACGAUUGUUCGCUUUUAGUAUUUGCAGUUGUAUUAAAGAAAACAUACGGCAAAAAUAUCGACAAAAGCAGUUUCUGCUUAGUUGGAUUUCGAAAAAGCUAUAUGGAGAAUUUAUGCUUCAUUAUGGGGGAAUGAGCUCUGAACGUAACACGCCCCCUUGAUAACCAUGUGUUGUUCUCGUCUCCCUAAUUUUGACAGCUGGAAAUUAAUUUGAACCUGAUUUGAACGAUUUCCACCAUCACUACUUGUCUCUCUUUUUCGCUUCAGUGACUUUAAUCAAAUAUGUUCGCCAUUGUGCCAAACGAUGCUCAAUUCUUGAUAAAAGACAUAAGGUUGGGAUUGAAGAAUUUAAAUUUAAUCUUUAUUGUGUUGGAAAUGGGAAGGGUGACUAAAACAAAGGAUGGGCAUGAGGUUCGCUCCUGCAAGGUGGCUGAUAAAAGUGGGUGCAUCACCCUGUCUGUGUGGGACGAGGUGGGUGGACUCAUCCAGCCAGGAGACAUCCUCCGCCUCUCACGAGGCUAUGCAUCCCUGUGGAAGGGCUGUCUGACACUCUACACAGGCAGAGGAGGAGACCUGCAGAAGAUAGGAGAUUUUUGCAUGGUCUUCUCUGAGGUGCCAAACUUUAGUGAACCAAACCCAGAGAUACUGGCCCAGGCCAACAGGCCGUCUAAAGUUGAGUCCCAGAACAGUUCUUCUGUCAGUCAAAGCUCCACCCCCUCAGUCCCCACCCUCACAUACUCUUCCAAUGGAUGCUCUCCGCUCUCCCGGAAUCCAACCUAUGGGAGCACAGGACAGCAGACUGGGCAAGGCUCCGGAGGUCCUGGCACCGACCCCAAGCCCACAGAAUCUGUGGGCAACAGCAGGGACCCCCGGCAAGGACUAAAGAGGAAAUGA